GGUCCUGCCUCGUGUCUUCCCAAACUGAGCGGGUUCCCGGAGUGCGACACGAGCUAGCGAGCUAGCGGGAGGGGACGGUGCGGUCAGUCGGCCGUGCGUUGACUGCAGCCACCUGCCCGAGCCCCGUGGCCCGUCCUCAGAUCCUGGCGAUGCGCCGCGGCGCCGCCUGGGCGCUGCUGCUGGCCGCAGCCCUGGGGCUCGGGGCGCGCGGGGUGCGCGCUGCGGUGGCCCUCGCCGACUUCUACCCGUUCGGCACGAAACGCGGCGACGCCGUCACGCCGAAGCAGGACGACGGUGGCUCAGGGCUGCAGCCCCUCUCGGUGCCCUUCCCGUUCUUCGGCGCCGAGCACUCCGGACUCUACGUGAACAAUAACGGGAUCAUCUCCUUCCUGAAGGAAGUUUCUCAGUUCACCCCCGUGGCCUUCCCCAUCGCCAAAGACCGCUGUGUGGUAGCAGCCUUCUGGGCAGAUGUGGACAACCGACGUGCAGGUGACGUCUACUACCGGGAGGCCACCGACCCAGCUGUGCUCGGCAGAGCCACGGAGGACAUCAGACGGUACUUUCCUGAGCUCCCGGACUUCUCUGCUACCUGGGUCUUUGUUGCCACCUGGUACCGUGUCACCUUCUUUGGAGGCAGCAGUUCUUCCCCCGUUAACACAUUCCAAACUGUGCUCAUCACCGACGGCCGGUUCUCCUUCACCAUCUUCAACUAUGAGUCCAUCUUGUGGACUACAGGCACACACGCCAGCAGCGGGGGUGAUGCUGAUGGAUUGGGAGGCAUUGCAGCCCAGGCAGGUUUCAACGCAGGUGAUGGGCACCGCUACUUCAACAUCCCCGGGUCGCGCACAGCAGACAUGGCUGAGGUGGAGACCACCACCAACGUGGGCGUGCCCGGCCGCUGGGCGUUUAGAAUCGAUGAUGCCCAGGUGCGCGUGGGGGGCUGCGGCCAUACAACCUCUGUGUGCCUGGUCCUGCGUCCGUGCCUCAAUGGUGGCAAGUGCAUUGAUGACUGUGUCACCGGCAACCCCUCCUAUACCUGUUCCUGUCUCGCUGGCUUCACAGGCCGGAGAUGCCAGCUAGAUGUGAACGAGUGUGCUUCCCACCCCUGUCAGAAUGGUGGGACCUGCACCCAUGGCGUCAACAGCUUCAGCUGCCAGUGCCCAGCCGGCUUCGGGGGACCAACCUGUGAAUCUGCCCAGUCUCCGUGUGACAACAAAGUGUGUCAAAAUGGUGGCCAGUGCCAGGCAGAGAGCAGCUCUGCAGUAUGUGUGUGUCAGGUCGGAUACACUGGGGCCACCUGUGAGACAGAUGUGAAUGAAUGCAGCUCUGACCCAUGCCUGAAUGGGGGAUCGUGUGUCGACCUUGUUGGGAACUACAGCUGCAUUUGUGUGGAGCCCUUCGAGGGACCUCAGUGUGAGACAGGAAGCUCCCUGGUGCCUUCGCCCUGCCUCUCCAACCCCUGCCAGAACGGGGGCACCUGUGUGGACGCUGACGAGGGAUACGUGUGCGAAUGCCCUGAAGGUUUCAUGGGCUUGGACUGCAGAGAGAGAAUCCUCAGUGACUGCGAUUGCCGGAACGGAGGCAGAUGCCUCGGUGCCAACACCACCCUCUGCCAGUGUCCUCCAGGUUUCUUUGGGCUCCUCUGUGAAUUUGAAGUCACAGCCACACCCUGCAACAUGAACACGCAAUGUCCAGAUGGAGGCUACUGCAUGGAGUAUGGCGGAAGCUACCUAUGUGUCUGCCACACAGACCACAACAUCAGCCACUCUCUGCCAUCGCCCUGCGACUCAGACCCUUGCUUUAAUGGAGGUUCCUGUGACGCCCACGAGGACUCCUACACGUGCGAGUGCCCUCGUGGAUUCCAUGGCAGGCACUGCGAGAAAGCCCGGCCACACCUGUGCAGCUCGGGGCCCUGCCGGAAUGGAGGCACAUGCAAGGAGCUGGGCGACGAGUACCGCUGCACCUGCCCUUAUCGAUUCACUGGGAGGCACUGUGAGAUUGGAAAGCCAGACUCCUGUGCCUCUGGCCCCUGUCAUAAUGGUGGCACUUGCUUCCACUACAUUGGCAAAUACAAGUGUGACUGCCCUCCGGGCUUCUCGGGACGACACUGUGAGAUAGCACCCUCACCCUGCUUCCGGAACCCAUGCAUGAACGGAGGUGCCUGUGAGGAUCUGGGAACAGAUUUCUCCUGCCACUGCCAACCAGGGUACACAGGACACCGGUGUCAGGCAGAGGUGGACUGUGGUCACCCUGAGGGGGUGAAGCAUGCUACUAUGCGCUUCAACGGAACUCACAUGGGCUCCGUGGCCCUGUACACGUGUGACCCCGGCUUUACCCUGAGUGCCCUCAGCCAUAUGCGUGUCUGUCAGCCGCAAGGUGUCUGGAGCCAGCCUCCUCAGUGCAUUGAAGUGGACGAGUGCCGCUCUCAGCCAUGUCUGCAUGGAGGCUCCUGCCAGGACCUCACUGCUGGUUACCAGUGCCUCUGCAGCCCGGGGUAUGAAGGUGUCCACUGUGAACUGGAGACAGACGAGUGCCAAGCACAGCCCUGCAGAAAUGGCGGCUCCUGCAGGGACCUGCCUGGGGCUUUCAUCUGCCAGUGCCCUGAAGGUUUUGUUGGAAUCCACUGUGAAACAGAGGUGGAUGCCUGUGCCUCCAGCCCCUGCCAGCACGGAGGCCGGUGUGAGGACGGAGGUGGGGCCUACCUGUGCGUGUGUCCAGAGGGCUUCUUCGGCUACAACUGUGAGACAGUGAGUGACCCCUGCUUCUCUAGCCCCUGUGGGGGCCGCGGUUACUGCUUGGCUAGCAACGGGUCCCACAGCUGUACCUGCAAAGUGGGCUACACAGGCAAGGACUGCACCAAAGAGCUCCUCCCACCCACAGCCCUCAGGGUAGAGAGGGUGGAGGAGAGUGGGGUCUCCAUCUCCUGGAGCCCACCUGAGGGCACCGCGGCCAGGCAGGUACUGGACGGCUAUGCGGUCACCUAUGCCUCCUCGGACGGAUCGUCCCGGCGCACAGACUUUGUGGACCGCAGCCGCUCCUCUCACCAGCUCCGGGCCCUAGCAGCCGGCCGCGCCUACAAUAUCUCCGUUUUCUCAGUCAAGAGAAACACAAACAACAAGAAUGACAUCAGCAGACCUGCAGCGCUGCUCACCCGCACCCGACCCCGCCCUAUAGAAGACUUUGAGGUCACCAACAUUUCAGCCAAUGCCAUCUCAGUGCAGUGGGCUCUUCACAGGAUCCAGCAUGCCACCGUCAGUAGAGUCCGAGUGUCCAUCCUCUACCCCGAGGCCUCUACGGUCCAGUCCACUGAGGUGGACAGGAGUGUGGACCAUCUCACACUUGGGGACCUGCUGCCAGGGAGAAGAUACAGUGUGCGGCUAACCACCCUCAGUGGGCCUGGAGGAGCUGAAUAUCCUACGGAGAGCCUGGCUUCAGCUCCGCUGAGCGUGUGGACCCGGCCUUUGCCCCCGGCAAACCUGACUGCCUCUCGAGUCACAGCCACCUCUGCUCAUAUGGUCUGGGACACCCCUGCUCCAGGUAUCUCACUGGAGGCUUAUGUCAUCAAUGUGACCACCAGUCAGAGUACCAAGAGCCGCUACAUCCCCAACGGGAAGCUGGUGUCCUAUACGGUGCGUGAUCUGAUGCCAGGCCGGCGGUACCAGCUCUCAGUCACAGCUGUGCAGAGCACAGAGCAGGGCCAGCUGCACAGUGAACCUGCGCACCUCUACAUCAUCACCUCCCCCAGGGAUGGCACCGACAGACGCUGGCACCAGGGAGGACACCACUCACGGAUACUUAGAAAUAGACCAGCCCCCGUGCGCCUGCCAGAGCUACGCCUGCUCAGUGACCACAGUGCCCCUGAAACACCAACUCAGCCACCCAGGUUCUCAGAGCUGGUAGACGGAAGAGGAAGAGUGAGUGCCAGGUUUGGUGGCUUGCCCAGCAGAGCAGUAACUGUGAGAUCACAACCCACCACUCCGGUGCCACUCGAGAACACAGAGGCCCCCGAGCAGCUCCGUCUGGCCCUCCAGCUGCCUGGGGACAGCAGCAAAGACACCAGAAGUACCCCUGGCAGCUGUUCAGAAGAUACCUGUCAGAAUGGAGGCACCUGUGUCCCAGAUGCCAGUGCCCACAGCUGUGACUGCAGGCCUGGGUUCAAAGGCAGACACUGUGAGCUUGCCUGUGAAAAAGUGCCCCGCCCCUGCACACGGCUGUUCUCGGAGACCAAGUCAUUCCCUGUCUGGGAAGGAGAUGUCUGUCACCAUGUGUAUAAGAAAGUCUACAAAGUUCACCAGGACGUGUGCUUUAAGGAGCGCUGCCAGAGCACAAGCCUCAAGAAACCCAAACAGGAAACAAAGUAACAGUCAAACACUGAAGAAAUCUAAGGUACAUUCUCCUUCAUACCAAGAUCUGUUACAACUGGAGACACCGUCACACCCAGCACCUUGGACACCAAGGUCCUUUAUCAGACGCUGAUGGUGCAAACUCAGCACUGUGCUGUUACAGACCCAACCAGGAAGGUUCCAGAAUUCCCUGUCUAUAGGCUCCCAAUAGACAUACCUGGUCUGACUUUGCACAUGAAUCUACUUUCAGGCGGAAAUGACUCUGGGGGAUGAUCAAAUGACUCUCUCAAGGGAAAUGCAGACCAGUUACAAUGAGACACAAGAACCACCUGGCCCCUUCUGGACAGUGGGCCUGGGUGGUAGAUGGAUCAAGGAUGGCAAACACUCUUGGGGGUGCUGGGACGGACCUAAGGAAGUAACCCCAGGCCUGCAAAUAGCAUUCUACUGGUAGAAAAGGGCGGGAGCCUGGUCAUAUAACCUGCAGGUGAUCCUAAAUAUAGCCUCUCACUGGGAGAGCUAUAGUGGAAUUCUGAGCACUAAUAACCCUGAAAUCAGAGAAACUUUGCCUGUUUGAUCCAACACGUGCCACCCCACCUCCCCAUGCAUAAACUGUGAGAUGUUAAAGGGCAUUGGAAUUUCUUUUUUCGCAAUAGUCUGGAAAAUACUGGGUUACACUACAGAAAUCCCUGUAUAGCCUGAACUCAGCCCCACACUAACUUACUGAUGGGACAUCAACUGGAAAUGACAAGCUGACUGGCUGGAGACAAUUUACUCCCACCCCCCACCCCUGAGGGGCCGAGAGGUCUAUCUGGAAACCUGCCACUCCAGGAGUGACUGUCACCUUUUUCUUCUGCAGUGUAGGACAUGAAGGAGAAAUGUCACCCAAAGGCCUAAGAACAAUCAAAAGCAAUGGAGUUCCCAGCGAAAGUCAUCCUAAGAAAAAAGUGCCUGUGGUAACAGGCAAGGUGUUGGCACAGACCAAGCUCAUGGCAGCAGGAGAGCGGGAAAGCAGGCUCUCAGCAGGCCUAGGCAGCACACCUGUGCAUCCCGACCAUUUCAGUGUGGAAACUCUGCAAGAAGAGCAGCUGACAAGACUCAGCUCCUGUCUACUCAACAGCAUCACCUUCUCACCUCAGCCCCACGGAUGCACACAGAUCACCCUCCAACACUUGUCAGCAACUUAAUUCUGGCAAAGAUCAAAAAUUCACAAAUUAUUUGGUUUUAAAAUAUUUAUAUGGCAGUAAGUCACUUGAAAUAUUAAUGCAUCUUUUAAGAACUCACCCAGAAAACCCAUUUUUAUAAAAAAAAUAAACAAGAAUCCCUAGAUACUUUUCACAUAAUGGCUUAUAGAAUACCUAUUCUCAGAGCAACACACACACACACACACACACACACACCACCCCUUUCUCUUUCUCUCUGAAGAAAAACACCAAAAUUCACCAUCCACAGCUGCCGUGACAGAACGAGCAAUGCCAUCCUCACUAAAAGGAAGGCAGCACAGGGCCAGCCAGCAGCCUUCUGACUCACAGGGCCAGCAAGCAGCCUUCUGACUCACAGGUAAAGCCCCAGGCUGAGCCCAAGUGUCCUCAGAGGCACGUGGGUUCCCUCCCGUCCCUCCCUGCAUCACAGCCAGCUGGAAUUCUGGCUCCUAGGGGACAGUGCCUGCUGUCUGCAGAGAAAGACAGUGGGUAAGAAGAGGAGUGGGCCUCAACUCCCUGUCACUACUUCAAAAGGACCAGCAUGUGCUGGUUAACACUGCCACCUCCAGGACUUCCAAAACCCAGGAAAACGAGGUCCAAAACUUAAAAGCCAGCCUCCUGGCUGUAAGCAGUCUCCCCUGAGAUCUCUGUCCUCAGAUGUCCAGAAGAGAGACAGCCAGACGUGCACACCCAAAGCUUCCUGUCAGGGAAGCACUGAAGCGCCUGUCAUCUCAACCCAACCUGCAAUUUCUGCAACCCUGGUCAGUUCCUCUGUGGGGAGUUACCUGGGUUACCAGGCUCUGUGAGUGAUGCUUCCGUGCUCAGAAAACCACCACCAGAUCCCAGUGUCAGAGAAGUAACCCUUGAACCCAAAACAGAGAAGGAAAAGACUCAAGCUUUCACAAGAGAUGUAAAAAAGACUGUGUGGAGACAGCUGGCCUCUACCCAGUUCCUCUCCUCAUUUAUACUGACCCAAAGAAGAAGUGCUAAUUACUACUAUGGUGGAGUUUAGACACUUGGUCUACAACUCAGGGGUGGCAGGGCAGACAGAUGCUCAGGCACGAUUUUACAGAUGGAAUGACCUCUCUGGCACACACCUGCCACUGUACUGCCAACACAGUCACAGGAGUAGAUAGUGUAGCUAUAUUCCAAUGAAACUUUAUUUACAUAAACAGGCAGGAGGCCACAGUUGGCAGGUACCUGGUUUAUAAGAUGGAUGAUCUAGACCCCAGCCUUCUGUGGAAAAUGUCAUCUCCUGAAUGACAAGUAGCCAUCAAGACAUGGAAAACCCCUAAACUUUCAUAGAAGAAAAGCAAUCAAGAGCCUUGCUCAGGAGCCUUAUAUUUACAGCGCAGAGCAUCAAGAGAUGUCUGGUCAAAUCUGAAGGCAGCGCAUCACCGGUGACACAGGGCAGGCCAGCUCCAGGAGAUAGGUCCAAGGCUUCUUGUAAUCUGCGCCUCAAGUAGAUGGCUGUGGGCCACCAAAAUGAAAACACUUUACCCAGCCUCUGCUUCCCACCCCACUCCCAAGGCUCUAAGCAGCUUUCUCCUCCCUGCAGUAACAUCACAAUCAGAAAAGCCAACCACUCCUGGAUUCCUCAGGAGCUGAGCUGACAGAAGAUCCCACACCAAGGACUACAUCCUGACCAGAGGCCUCCUGCCCGCCAUAGUUCAUAAAAACACACUUUGAAGCAUAAUCUUUUAACUUUUGUUCUCACUAAAAUAGUCUGAGCCUAUGCAUUACUUUUUUUUUCUUUUUCAAAGAGGGGCAGUCACAUUAAAAACUCACUACUGUACCUUAGAUACCCACUAGAGAUCUGGAGAACGCAUAAGCUACAGCUUUAAGAGUGAACGGCAAGAUCAAGUGGCAUCACUGGAAACAUAGAUGGAAUCUUUGUACUAUACCUCACCCACCAGGCCAAUGGUGCCACAGUCCUAUUUCCAUUUGGAGCCUGUGUUUCAAACAAGAGCCAGCCUGCUGGGUGGGGCACUGCCAGGCAAUCAUUCCAAUGUGGAGUGGAGAAAGCCUUGCCGGUGCUAAGGAGUUAGUAUACAUCAUUCCAAACAUGCUGUCCUGCCUUCUUAUGCAGAGUAAUUCCUCACAACAGUCAGUGUCCACUUGGGAAAUGUCACAGUGGAAUCAGCAGACAGACAAGGUGGAGAUUUAUUUUUGUGUCAAACUGAAGAAGCAAUCAUGAGUUGUUGGGAUCACCAUUUGCCAAUCAAAACUGAAGAUGAGCGGAUUGCCUAACUGAGCUCACCGGUGGGUUCUCAUCAGUCCUGACAGAACCCAAGGCCAAACAAGGGAAAGUGCAGAUCACAUCAAGGCCACAAAAUAGAAGAGUAAGCAGCAAAGAACGGAUCAGUGCUCUCAAACAGUUCUGUCCACAGCCAAGAAUAGGCAGAAGGCCUUUCCCUUCUCUACAGCCUAUGGGAUGUUGGGGGUAGACAGGAUGGCUUGCAGGUCCUGCUUUCUGUGGACAGUUCAACAGGCAAGGACACACCCUUGCCAGCAAUGAGCCUGCCUCACAUACCUGCUUGUGUGUGGGGGAGGGGGGAUCUUGGAAUGACUGCUUUUCUUUGUGAACACCCUCCUUUCUGCAGUCAGGCUCCAGGCAAGUCAAAAGCCUCCUCACCUUGGUGCUGGUUCUUCACAAAAUACACCUCAGAUCCAGCAAGAUAUCUCCUUUAGACAGAAAUAAAUACAACGGGUCCAUUUACAAUCCACAUUAGCUGUAGUCACAGGACUUUCUCAGCUUUGGCAUUACUUUGUGGACCUGAUUACUCAUGUGGGGUGCAAUGGAAAAUAUUUUACAGCAUCCCUGGCUCUGACCACAAGAUCCUGAGACCAUGACACAGAAAAAGCAUCCCCAAAGAUUGUCAGAUGUCUGGAGGACCACAGUCAUCCUCACGUAAGCACUGGAUUCAGUCUAAACACAAGGCCCACAUUGGAGUUUUGUGUGACUGUUAAAUGUCACCAAAUGGGGUAAAAUACUACCAAGCACUCCUGACUUUGGUCCUGCCACCAGAGAGCUUUCUGCAUCACUGACGUAUGCAGUUCCCUGAGAAAGAGGCACAGAUGACUUUCUACGAGGCCUCAGUUCCCUGACCUCUGACCUGAGCUCCAUCACAGCAGGCCUCUCCUUGCGCUCACCUCAUCCUAGUCCCAGUCUCGCCCAGCGGCUUAGCGCUCCCACUGCUGGUCUCUGAGCAGUUCACUCUUUAGUACAGAGCCAGAGAGACAGGAGGCCCUGAAGUGGCGACCAGCCAGGAACCGACACGAAGGCCAACCUGACCAAGCAGGAAGGGUCAGCAACUGACAGAAGCGUUCUGCUAGUCUGACAACUGUGUGACUAAAGGACGGGUUACUAACCAACUGCCUCUCCCUCUGCUGUACAUUCAACAUGUCAGAAGGCUGAGAAAUAGUGUCGGAUUAAGAACAUGCCUAUUGUGUGGGAAACCUGCUACUUGUUUUCAUUAAAGUGCUAUGACAUAUUAA